AGUUCGUCCAGUCGCACGAAAAGGAAAUCCAAGAAGUGUAAGAAAUGUGGAAGCAUAGUUCAGAACUUAAGCCGCCAUCAAAGCGAUGUGCAUAAAAUGUCAAAGAUGAAAAGAAAACUGGAUGUUUAUGUAACUCGAGAAAGAAAGCCACCCAAUCGAAGGAUAAAAUUUUGUCCUCUAUCCCCGUGUAAGAGGGAGAAGAAACCGAUAUUUCAACUCCACAAACAUUUGCAGACUGGUAUACACAAACUAAAACCAGGAACACCUGCUUAUUUAAAUGCGCUAUCGCACGCUCCACGAGCUUCGUUCAAAAAAGUAGAAUCCCACUUAAAACGCAGGAAAAACGGCAGGCAGGAGAAACAGUACAGCGAAAGUGACGAAGAGGCUAAUUGGCAAGAUGAAGAUAACAACACACACGAGGAGGUGGGGUCUAAACGAUGCAGCCCAGGAAAAGUGACGAAUUCGAGGAUGAAGAUUAUGAGGAACUAGCCACAAAGGCUGAUGAAAAUUAAAGAAAGCAGCCUGGAAGAUUAAGCAUCGACAGGAUAGAGCAGCAGAGAGUAAAAGGAGACACAAGCCCAAACGCAGAAGAUCGCAAGAAACCAUUUCAGAGACAAGCAACUGUGGAAGCAGAAAACUGCAAGAAACCAUUUCAGAGGCAAGCAACAGUGCAAGCGAAGUUAACGAGGGCGAUGGUGCAUACCCUGAAGACAAUGAAACAGUCGAGGAUAUUAUUCCGUGCAGCCCAAAUAUAGACAGUGCCAGGGUAACUAAAGAAGAUUAUGAAACACUUGCAAGAGGAGCACUAAACAAGAUGAAGAAAACAUCCAACAAGAGGAAGCAUCGAGGGGAAGACAGAAGAGAAGAUAAUGCGAUGAAAACCAUUACAGACAGUGAUGAAGAAUACGAUAAUCUCACAAGAAGAUUAUGGAAUAAUAGUCAUGAAGAAAAGAAGAGUGAAAGGAGCGACGAGGAAAGAAAGAAUCUAGGUUCAAAAGAGAUCAGCGACGGAGGACUUGACGGUGCUAACGGGGAGAACGUAGUCAGUUGUAAUCAGACAGAAUGUUUUGAAAUUUCCGACAGCGACGAGUCUGGCUCGGAUCCUGACUACGAAUGCGAAGAAGAGAUUAAUUCAAGUGACUCCAGUCAAUCGGACAUAUCCCUCGACUCCUCUUCUCUUCCUGUUGAAUGCGAGGAACUAUUGACCGAAUUUGUCGAGAUUGUCGGGGAAAGUAAUGUUGACGAAGGAUCACUUUUGGAUAAAGAAUUAGAUUGGCUCCAAGAAGUGACGGAGUUUAAAGAAAACAAGUUAUCGCAUGGUCACGUUUUUAAAACACCUGUCGAGUCAACGCAGGAACUGGUACGAUCGGCGGAAGAGUACGAUAAAUACGUACAGGAGGAACUGUGUUGUGUGAUUGGAGGAGAUCAAAGCGAUAAUGAUGAUGCGCUCGACACAGAUUGGAACCCAAGCGAUUGUGACAUUGAGGAAGGAGCAGACGUACAGACAGAGAACAACGAUGUCAAUGAUGAGCUUACUGGACAACUGCUGACGGAGUUUUAUGAAUGGUUAAUUGACGUGGAUGGAGGGUACAGAUCAGAAAAAAUGGCGCAGCAGUACAAAUCCCAGGUACGGAGUGUCGUUCGCCGUCUAAAACAGGAGGAAACGGCAGCCAAAGAAGCCCAAAACUCAAAACCUUCAGUGUACCUGCUAGUGCGUCCGGAAAAAGAAGGGGUAAAUCUCUUGAAAAAGUGGCUGUCAUAUGCUGUGGAAAAGUAUCAGCCGGGAACUGUGAGAUCUUAUCUCAUGAGUUUGCGUCUGUUCUAUAAAUUCUUAACGCAAGAAAGAAAAUCUGAGAUGUCUGAUGUGAGUGUGGAUACCUUAAAUGCACGCCGGGAUCUCAUGACUUCAUGGUCAGCGGCCCAAAAGAAAAAGGUUUUAAAGAGGAAACUCCAAAAAUACGACGAGGAUUUCAACAAGCUCAUUUCAAGUGAACAGUUUUACAAGGUCUGCCAUGGUGAACAACGCAUAAAUGCCAUUAAAAAGCUGGCCACUUCUUCACAAGAAACGAAUAAAGGCACUGAUAUUCGAAGAAUUGUCAACGACAAGACCCACUGUGAGGUGCGAGACUGGCUUAUAACUCGUCUACUGAUCGAUAAUAGUGGAAGAAGCGGUGUUGCUUCAGGCAUGAAAGUCAGCGAGUUUAAGGCUGCGGUGUUCUACCCGGGCACAGACGAAGACCUUGCUCGUUACAGAAUCCUUGUAAGUGAUCACAAAACCGCCGGUGUCUACGGCGCUGCAGUUGUUUGGGUGUACGAUGACCUCUACAACCUGAUGGACAUGUACCUUAGAACUGUACGAAGCCAAUUCGCUGCGACAGCUGCCACGGAGGUUGAGCAGUUUUUUAUUUCAAGUUAUGGGAUGUCACUGACGUCUUCACAAGUAUCAACUUCCAUAUGGAGGGCUUUUCAGAGAGAGGGCAUCUUUAAGGAGGGGCGAAUAUGUGCUACAACAAUAAGAAAGUCGCUUGCAACCGGCAUGCAUGUACAUAUGCCACAUGAGAAAGAUCAUCUCGCUGCCUUGGCUCAGCAUAAGACGCAAACUCAAGCCAGGUAUUACCGUGUGCAUGACAAAGUUAGAGAAACGGAUUUAGGUCGCAGAGCUGUUCACAAACUUGUUUCUCUUAAAACUCACAACAUUCAUGAGGCUCAUUUGGACGGAAAGGAAGAAAUCACAGGAAAACCAUGGUCGGUGGAAGAGACGGAGCAGCUAAAGCGUUUAUUUAGUGAAGACAUUGAGACUGGAGCAAUUGAAGAACCUAAAGUGACAGAAAAGUUGUUAUCAGAAGACCUUCUCAAGGAUCGUUCCAUUAAGGCGAUAGUCUUAAAGCUCAGGAGGCUGAGAAAAGAACACAUGGAAUCAGUUGAACCCCCUAAUCAAGAAGAGGCAAGUCAUGAGAAAGUGGCCAGAUUUCUCAGCUCAGCAGCGCCACCUGCACCUCCAUCCGAAGUGAAUUCGACAGCAUCUGUUUCCACUGAAUCUUCCAGGUUCUGGAGAAAGUUCUCGGAUGAGCAAGCGAGCUUUCUCUUCAGUAUUACAAGAGAUAUGAUCGAAAGUGAUGCAGUAAAGAGGGAAGUUGUCUGGCAGAGGGUGAAGGAGAAUGAAAAGUCUUUGGAACUCGAGUUGAUUACUGGGAGGGAAAACGAGGAAGAGGAACGCAAAACAAAACAGCGGCUAACAGACAAAGUGAGAAAAAUGGCAAAAGACUUUAAAGGAAAACGGUAA